AUGCGUUUUUUUGUCUUUUGUUUUUUGACAAUUGUUUUGGCGGGGUUGUUUUCUAUGGUUUCUUUUUUUCUAGGAGAGAAAGUACCAGAUCGAGAAAAGGUUUCUGCUUAUGAGUGUGGUUUUGUGCCAUUUAGUUUUUUGGGCCGUCCUUUUUCAAUACGAUUUUUUUUAAUAGGCAUUUUAUUUUUGAUUUUUGAUUUAGAGAUUAGUUUUUUUUUUCCUUGGUGUGUUUUAUAUAAUUCAAUUGCCCCUUUUGGGUUUUGAACUAUGGUUGGGUUUUUCUUUAUAUUAACUUUAGGUUUGGUCUAUGAGUGGUUAAAGGGGGGUUUAGAGUGAGAGUAA